AUGGCCAAGAAUAACUUCACUGAAGUAACUCAGUUCAUUCUCAUGGGCUUUACUGAGCACCCCAAAUGGCAGGUUCCCCUCUUCAUUCUGUUUCUUGGUUUCUACCUUGCCACCCUUCUGGGGAAUGUGGGAAUGACUGUUCUCAUCCAGGUCGAUGUCCAACUCCACACCCCUAUGUACUUCUUCCUGAGCCACCUCUCCCUGCUGGAUGCCUGCUACACCUCAGUCAUCACCCCUCAGAUCCUGGCCACACUCGCCACAGAUGUAACUGUCAUCUCCUAUAGCCGAUGUGCUGCCCAGUUCUUCUUCUUCACCAUCUGUGCAGGCACAGAGUGUUUCCUGCUGGCCGUGAUGGCCUAUGACCGCUAUGUUGCCAUUAGCAACCCACUGCUCUACACUGCAGCCAUGAAUCCCAGAGUCUGCUGGGGUUUGGUGAUGGGAGCCUAUUUCUGUUCACUGUCUGGAACUAUCUUGCGUACCACGUGCACCUUCUCUCUGUCCUUCUGUGAAGACAAUCAGAUCAACUUCUUCUUCUGUGACGUCCCUCCCCUGCUGAAGCUUGCCUGCGGUGACACCAAAAAUGUUGAGAUUAUCAUUGUCUUCUUCUCCAACAUUGUGAUUGUAGUCAAUGCCUUGGUCAUCCUAAUUUCCUACUUGCUGAUCAUCAGGUCCAUUCUGAGGAUGAAGUCUUCAGGUGGCAGGGCCAAGACAUUCUCCACCUGUGCCUGCCACCUCACUGCUGUGGUCCUGUUCUAUGGAACCCUCACCUUCAUGUAUAUACGGAGUGGUUCAAGCAAAUCCUUGGAGGAAGACAAGAUUGUCUCUGUCUUCUACACUGUAGUCAUACCCAUGCUGAACCCUCUGAUAUACAGCCUGAGAAACAAGGAUGUGAAAGCUGCCUUCAAAAAGGUCACUAAUAGAAUCCAGGUGUUCCAAAGCAAAGAGACUUGA